AACAGUGGAAAUUCUCGGGAAAUGCAUUUCGGCGAACUAGUAGAGGUGGAGUCGGAAAUUUCAAAGAUGCAGAUCUCCCGGAAGAUCCUUGAAGACUGCCUUGAAGCCAAGUUGCUGUCCAGGUCUUUGGUACCAGCGUGGGCUGGAGGGACGUCAUCGCGGGCAACUCUCUCUCGAAGAGAGAACCUACAUUUCCACUCGCACGGUCGCCAUUUUGUCCGCGUAAACGCAAAACGCCGAUACCUCUCUCUUUAUAUUCCAGCAUAUACCCUGUUAGAAAUUUGUGAAAGGAUUAAGGAUAGUGAAAGGAGGAGAAGGAGGAAAAUCAGCGGAACCGAACUCGGAGUCAUCUACGGUUCCUAAACUGAUCACGUAACCUGCACGUAGUCAUUGAUACAUCACUUCAUAAAUGUAAUCGAUACGCACAUUUUCAUAAAAUUCAGGACAUCUGUAAAAACGAGUAUCGGAUGGAAUUUAUUAAAUCAAGCACCGUACAGAUUUACAAUUAUUCAGCAU